UGAUGAUGAUGAUGAUAAUCUACCUAAUUGGAAUGACUAUAGCUAAGCUAAUUGAAUUAAAAUAUAGUUAGUGAAUAUUUUUCUAAGCUAGUAUUUUUCUGAGUUUAAGUGACAUGGAUGAAAAUUAUACCCAAGGACAAGGGUUAAGGAUGGAGAAAGGUCAAGGACAAGACCUAGGGAUUGAGGAUGGUCGAGGACAAGACCAAAGGUUGGAUAAAGGUCGAGGUCAAGACCAAUGGUUGGAUGAUGGUCGAGGUCAAGGCCCAGGAAUUGCUAUUGGUCGAGGUCAAGGCCAAUGGUUGGAUGAUGGUCGAGGUCAAGGCCUAGGAAUAGCUAUUGGUCGAGGUUAAGACCAAAGGUUGGAUGAAGGCCGAGGAUAGGCCAAAGGAAGGAUUUAUGAAGGCCGAGGAUAGGCCGAAGGAAGGAUUUAUGAAGGCCGAGGAUAGGCCGAAGGAAGGAUUUAUGAAGGCCGAGGAUAGGCCGAAGGAAGGAUUUAUGAAGGCUGAGCUCAUGCCGAAGGGAGGAUUUAUGAAGGCCGAGGAUAGGCCGCAGGAAGGAUUUAUGAAGGCCGAGGAUAGGCCGAAGGAAGGAUUUAUGAAGGUCGAGGAUAGGCUGAUGGAAAGAUUUAUGAAGGCCGAGGAUAGGCCGAAGGAAGGAUUUGUGAAGGCUGAGCUCAUGCCGAAGGGAGGAUUUAUGAAGGCCGAGGUUAAGGCCGAAGGAAGAAUGAUGAUGGUUGAAUUCAAGAACUGAAGGGUUGAAAAGUCGAGGUCAAGACCUAAGGAUAGAUCGAAGUUAAAACCUGGUGCACGAGGAUAAGGGCGUCAAUGACUUUGGAAAUUCUAUGGACAUUACGUUGAGAUGUACGAGUUCAACAUGAAAGCUAAACUGCAACUUGAAGAUUGAUAUGAAAGGAGACCAAGGACAGCAUGUUCAUAAAAUAAGCAAAGAGGUAAUGAGGGAAAAGUGCUUGAAAAAAAAGGGUUGGAAAAAAAAACUUGCAGAAUCCUUUCCUAGUCACGAAGACGAUGCUAAGCUUCUUAUAGAAAUCGUAAAUGAGUCUGUUACAGUGAAUCUUUGAAACAAUAUUAUCAUAGUGAAAUUAAUAUUUUGUGAUAAAAGAACAUGUGAACAAAGUGUAUGUCUAUUCAAGAACGACUAAGAUGUAGUAUUUAAGAUAAUUUAUAAGCUUAGAUUAAAAGUAAACUACAUAGUCAUAAUAUUAGGCUAGAUCAUAGUUCAAUUGAGUAGCUUAUUGGCACUCAUAUUA